AGGUCGCGCGUGGGCAGCCUCACUGAGCGCAUGGCGAGGCGCCUUCCCGCCCCAGGAGGCUGGAAGGGCCGCCAUUCCUCGGCGGGGUGGGGGCGGGAAGUCGUUAACUCGAGGCUGCGGGUGCGUGGGCGGCCCGCGAGGCGCGGGGACCGGGCGGGGCUGUGGCCUGAGGAUCUAGGGCGUCACCCCAGCACGGUUGUUGGUUUGGGGGAAAACGGGAAGAAAGGAGUUUGCCUCCCGGCGCUGGGCUUGGGGUCCGCGUGGCCCACAGGAAGGCUGAGAAGGUAAUUAACCAGAGAAGGCUCAACACAGCGUCCUCCUCCGCAGCGUUUGAAUGGAUCCCGUCCGGCCACCAUUCAGGGGCCCUGCCCCGGUCCACCUGUCUCAGUGUGUCCGGAUGCCAGGCUGUUGGCCACAAGCUCCAAAACCCCUGGAGCCCGCCCUGGGCAGGGCAGGACCUGUGGGCCGAGGCCACAUGUUUGCAAAGCCGGAGGAAGCGGGCACACAGAGUGGACCGGCGCCGAGGGAGUCUGUGGGUUUAGUCUCCAUGUUCCGCGGCCUGGGCCUUGACACCGCGUCCCGGACGUCUCCGAGACGGGAGCUGCCUCCUUCAGGAAGAGGCAUUUUAGGUAGAGGCUUGUCUGCUAACUUGUUACGCAAGGAGAAAGAGGAACCCCGUCUGACCUUUCCGGAUCCUUCAGUGUUGGCAGCUGGGGAUAGCAAGAUGGCAGAAGCUUCUGUUGGUUGGAAUAGAAUGCUUGGAAGAGGGAGUUCGGACACGUCUUCAUUACCCCUGGGAAGAGCGGCUGGUGGAAUGGGCAGAGCAGUGGAAAAGCCUCCCCGUGUGUUCGGCCCAGCCUCCCGGAAUCCCCCAAGGCUGUCCCCACCUUCACCCCUGCCCCAGUCUUCACUGCACUUUCCGGAACGCCCCCUGGGCCUGACUGCAGAACCCAAGGAAAAAGAGAUUUUUGUGAAGCAGGGAUCAAAGGGAACUCCUCAGUCUUUGGGAUUGAACCUCAUCAAAAUACAGUGUCAUAACGAAGCAGUCUAUCAGUAUCAUGUGACUUUCAGCCCCAAUGUGGAGUGCAAAAGCAUGAGGUUUGGCAUGCUAAAGGACCACCAGGCUGUCACCGGGAACGUCACUGCUUUUGAUGGAUCCAUUCUCUAUUUGCCCGUUAAGCUUCAGCAGGUUCUUGAAUUAAAAAGCCAAAGGAAAACCGAUGACGCCGAGAUCAGCAUUAAGAUUCAGUUGACAAAGAUCCUGGAGCCCUGCUCAGAUCUGUGCAUUCCUUUCUACAAUGUUGUUUUCCGCCGGGUCAUGAAGCUUCUGGACAUGAAGCUUGUAGGGAGGAACUUCUACGACCCCACGAGUGCCAUGGUGCUGCAGCAGCACAGGUUGCAGAUCUGGCCAGGCUAUGCAGCUAGCAUCCGGAGGACGGAUGGAGGCCUUUUCCUGCUGGCUGAUGUCUCCCACAAGGUUAUUCGGAAUGACUCCGUGCUGGAUGUCAUGCAUGCCAUGUAUCAGCAGAACAAGGAAAACUUCCAGGAUGAGUGUAGUAAGCUGCUGGUGGGCAAUAUUGUUAUCACCCGAUACAACAAUCGUACCUAUCGCAUUGAUGAUGUGGAUUGGAAUAAGACUCCCAAAGACAGCUUCACGAUGUCUGACGGCAAGGAGAUCACGUUCUUGGAGUACUACAGCAAAAACUACGGGAUCACGGUGAAGGAAGAGGACCAGCCACUGCUGAUUCACAGGCCCAGUGAGAGACAGAAUAACCAUGGCAUGCUGCUGAAAGGUGAAAUCCUGCUGCUGCCUGAGCUUUCCUUCAUGACUGGAAUCCCAGAGAAGAUGAAGAAGGACUUCAGAGCCAUGAAGGAUUUGACCCAGCAGAUCAACCUGAGCCCAAAGCAGCACCACAAUGCAUUAGAAUGCUUGCUACAGAGAAUUUCGAAGAAUGAGACAGCCAACAGUGAGCUGACACGCUGGGGCCUCUGUCUUCAAAAGGAUGUGCAUAAGAUUGAAGGGCGUGUUCUACCCAUGGAAAGAAUUAAUUUAAGAAAUACUUCAUUUAUCACAUCCCAGGAUCUAAACUGGAUUAAGGAAGUAACCAGAGACCUUUCCAUCUUGACCAUCCCCAUGCAUUUCUGGGCACUUUUUUACCCAAAGAGAGCGACGGAUCAGGCCCGAGAACUGGUUAACAUGUUAGAGAAGAUAGCCGGCCCCAUUGGCAUGCGCAUGAGCCCUCCGGCUUGGGUUGAACUGAAGGAUGACCGAAUCGAGACCUAUAUCAGAACCAUCCAGUCCAUGCUGGGAGUCGAGGGGAAGAUCCAGAUGGUCGUGUGCAUCAUCAUGGGCACCCGCGAUGACCUCUACGGGGCCAUCAAGAAGCUGUGCUGUGUGCAGGCCCCCGUGCCCUCACAGGUCAUCAAUGUCCGGACCAUCGGCCAGCCCACCAGACUCCGGAGUGUGGCCCAGAAAAUUCUACUUCAGAUUAACUGUAAAUUGGGUGGUGAGCUGUGGGGAGUGGAUAUUCCUCUGAAACAGCUGAUGGUGAUUGGCAUGGACGUCUACCACGACCCCAGCAGGGGCAUGCGCUCCGUGGUGGGCUUCGUUGCGAGCAUCAAUCUCACCCUUACAAAGUGGUACUCGCGAGUGGUAUUCCAGAUGCCGCAUCAGGAGAUUGUCGACAGCCUGAAGCUGUGCCUGGUGGGCUCCUUAAAAAAGUUCUAUGAGGUGAACCACUGCCUGCCGGAGAAGAUCGUGGUGUACCGCGAUGGGGUGUCUGACGGGCAGCUGAAGACCGUGGCCAACUAUGAGAUUCCUCAGCUGCAGAAGUGCUUUGAGGCCUUUGAGAAUUACCAGCCCAAGAUGGUGGUGUUCGUGGUGCAGAAGAAAAUCAGCACCAACCUGUACCUGGCUGCGGCCGAGCACUUCGUCACGCCCGCCCCUGGCACUGUGGUCGACCACACCAUCACCAGCUGCGAGUGGGUGGACUUCUACCUUCUGGCGCACCAUGUGCGGCAGGGCUGUGGCAUUCCUACACAUUAUGUCUGCGUGCUCAACACGGCGAACCUGAGCCCUGACCACAUGCAGAGGUUGACGUUCAAACUGUGCCACAUGUACUGGAAUUGGCCCGGCACCAUCCGAGUCCCAGCUCCUUGCAAAUAUGCCCACAAGCUAGCCUUCCUGUCUGGACAGAUCCUGCACCAUGAGCCGGCCAUCCAGCUGUGUGAGAACCUGUUCUUCCUGUGACUGCACACUGGGUCUCGGCUGGUCGGAAGAGAUCCGGCUUCUGAACUCAGCUUGACUCUUGCAGAACCCACAGAGGCUCAAGUGGAGUUUGGUGUUGGCGUUUUCCCUCUCUCCAGCCCUGGAGAAUAAGCUUUCUUUUGUUCUUUUAAACCUGGUGUCACCAGGAGGCAAGUUUCUUUCUAAGUCUCAGCUAGAAAUUUCCUUGUGUCCUUUGUCGGGCAAAGGGCAGUAGUCCUGCCUGGCAGAUGGAGUGAGCAAAUACAGGGGAACCAUUGAGAACCCCCCAGGCCGGCGUGAGCUGUGAAGCCUGCAGAAGCGCUGUGGCACCCGUAAGCUGUGCUUACUAAGCCAUUCCCAUUUCUGGCACCAGAGGUGAGAAUAGAUGAAGUCAUUGCAAGCUUCUUAGCGCACGAGGUGCUGGAUCCAGGCAGCUUGGAGCAGCGAUGGAAAAGGCCUGCGGAGCACAUUCCCGGCCCCGCUGCGAGCGGUGGCUGUUGGGAAAGGCAUGGAGCGAAACCAGCUUGUGGCGCGGCCAGGCCUCGGUGACUUUGGCCUGCGACUCGAGCUGGGGUUGAAGGUGGCUCUCAGCUGUUCCUUGGCCUCUUGAGAGGAUCCAGAUGAAGGUUCUUUGGUUUUGGGUUUUGGGCUUUUUUUUAACCUUUCGGUCACUUUACGGGAGCCCGUGUUGAUUUCUUGCUUUGCUCCUGCUAUGCAGACGCCAAAGUUUCCUCCUCGUGGCGGAUCUUCGUGAGUCUCAGUUGAUUAAGUUGCAGCCAGGACGCAGGGAGAAACGCAGAGCGGCAGCGUUGGGGCGAGCGGGAGGUGCUCUGGACCGGCCCCCGUGUGCGGCCUUGGUUUCUGUUGGUGAACCUUUGCAAGUGGAAUUGCCCAUCUGUCUUGCACAACAGCCUCUAACUGGCGGCUGGUUCGUUUUGCUAGGAGUUUUUGGGAAUCCAGGUUGAGAUUUCCAGAAGUUGGCUUUGGAAAAACACGGCAUUGCUACCGAAGUCCAAACAUCACAAUUUAGAAAUUGUGGUUGUCACCAUGCCUGCCGGUCUCAGUGUUUUGGGGAAGCACUGUUUUUCUGGGUUGGUCCCCUACCCCCCAUCUCCCUGUUUUAAAAUCUUCUUUCAAACCCGUCAGGUGUAACUCUGACACAUCUUGCCUUAUUGAGUUUUAAAAGCCAGUUUUAUGUAAGCUUCUCAGAUUUGUUUUUAUUUUUGGAUGAGGUGGCAGGGAGGAGAACAGAGUGGAAAUCCCCAUUUUAUGUGACAGUGUGUGAGAAGAGACACUUCAGCUUAAAACAAGAAAACCAAGAAGAAGGUCUUUAGUUUGCUGCAGUGCCCGGCGGAGGCCUGGGAGGAGUGAGUCUGGCCGGUUCUCCGGGUCGGUUUGGAGUCUGGGACAGGGGUGAGGCUAAGCCCUGGACUUCAGACCCUGUGGCCUCACACUCAUUGAGCUCCUGGUCUCGGGGUGAGCAGAGCUGAUUUCUGAUUUUCUUUGGAAGCAUUUUGAAUUUCACAUUUGAAGUUGGGUUUCCUACUAUUCUUUUUCUGUUAGCUAAUCAGCCCAGACAAAUGCUUGACUAUAAUAGAAAAAUGUCUUCACUUUUUAUUCCUGGUUUUCUUGCCUUGUUUUUCAGUUUUAAUGCCAAAUGAUUGUAUCAUGAGGUGGGAAAUAAAAAAGACUGUAGAAACGUG